AUGGGUCGUAUGCACAGCAGCGGAAAAGGUAUCUCAGCCUCAGCUCUUCCUUACUCAAGAAACCCUCCUUCUUGGUUCAAGUUGACUCCUGAUGAUGUCGUUCAACAGGUUAUCAAGUACGCCAGAAAGGGUUUGACUCCUUCUCAAAUCGGUGUUCUUCUGAGAGAUGCUCACGGUGUUGCUCAGACUAGAUUCAUCACUGGUAACAAGAUUCUCAGAAUUUUGAAGUCUAACGGUUUGGCUCCUGCUAUUCCAGAGGACUUGUACUACCUGAUCAAGAAGGCUGUCUCCGUUAGAAAGCACUUGGAGAGAAACAGAAAGGACAAGGACUCCAAGUUCAGAUUGAUUUUGAUUGAGUCCAGAAUCCACAGACUGGCUCGUUACUACAGAACUGUUUCUGUCUUGCCACCUAACUGGAAGUACGAGUCUGCCACCGCCUCUACUUUGGUUAACUAG